UAGUCUUGCUUGCUCUGAUCAAAGGUCGCAGUACUUAAGGUGCUGAAGCAGGUGAUAGUCUUUGGGUGGAAUUACGCAUCUUGCGCUGCCAGUGGCCACAUUGGAAGUAAAUCUUUCAGUUUUGUGAUAGUAACUCUCACGUCACUCUGCGUAAUCUGCUGAGUUCAAAGGGCACGAGCCCUGCCCAGGAGUUUUCGAGCGAGAGCGGUGCUGCGCUCUUUAUCAGGCGCACGUUCAGCUGGGAGACGUUCACUGCAACCUGUGACAACCUGGGAACCACUUGGUACUACUCAUCCACCAACCGCAGCCAAGAUGCCCAAAACGGUCAAUGUCCGCGUCACCACAAUGGACGCGGAGCUGGAGUUCUCCUUCCACCCCAACACAACAGGGAAGCAGCUCUUUGACCAGGUUUCCAGGACCAUCGGCCUGCGUGAGACUUGGUACUUCGGGCUGCAGUUUGUUGACAUCAGAGGAUUCACCUCAUGGUUGAACUCUGAAAAGAAGGUGAUGUCUCAGGAAGUGAAGAAAGAGACUCCCCUGCAGUUCAAGCUGUUGGUCAAGUUUUACCCUGAGGAUGCAGCCGAGGAGCUGAUCCAGGACAUCACCAGGAGGCUCUUCUUCCUCCAGGUGAAGGAGGCGAUUCUGAAUGAGGAGAUCUACAGCCCUCCAGAGACCGCCGUGCUGCUGGGCUCCUACGCCAUCCAGGCAAAGUAUGGCGAGUACAACAAGUCGACGCACAAGCCACGUUACAUGUCCUCUGAGCGUCUUCUGCCCAAGAGAGUGCUGGACCAACACAAGCUGUCAAGGGAGCAGUGGGAGGAGAGAAUCCAGGUUUGGCACCAGGAGCACGGAGCGAUGCUAAAGGAAGAGGCCAUGAUUGAGUACCUGAAGAUCACCCAGGAUCUUGAGAUGUAUGGCAUUAACUACUUUGACAUCAAGAACAAGAAGGGCACAGACCUGCUCCUGGGAGUCGACGCUCUAGGCCUCAACAUUUAUGCAAAGAACGACAAGCUGACUCCGAAGAUUGGAUUUCCCUGGAGUGAAAUUAGAAACAUUUCUUUCAAUGAUAAGAAAUUUGUUAUCAAGCCCAUAGACAAGAAAGCCCAAGACUUUGUAUUCUACGCUCCACGGCUUAAAGUCAACAAGGGCAUCCUGCAGCUGUGCAUGGGCAACCAUGAACUGUACAUGCGACGCCGCAAGCCCGACACCAUCGAGGUUCAGCAGAUGAAGGCUCAGGCCACACAGGAGAGGCAGCAGAAGAAGAUGGAGAGGGAUCAGCUGGAGAGCGAGAAGAAGAGGAGGGCGGCCAUCGAGAGGGAGAAGGAGGAGAUGGAGAGAGAAAAGCGGGAGCUGAUGGAGAGGCUCCACCAGUUUGAAGAGACAACUAGGAGAGCAGAGAGAGAGCUUCAGGAGCAGCUGGACCGGGCCAUGAGGCUGGAGGAGGAGAGGAGGAGGGUGGAGGAGGAGGCGGCCCGGCUGGAGGCUGAGAGGAUGGAGGCUAUAAUAGCCAAGGAGGAGCUGGCCAGGCAAGCUGAGGACCAGUUAAAGAGCCAGGAGCAGCUGGCUGCAGAGCUGGCCGAAUAUAGCGCCAAGAUUACUGCGCUGGAGGAGGCCAAGAGAGCCAAGGAGGAAGAGGCUGAGACAUGGCACAACAAGGCUGUCGAAGUGGAGGAGAGUCUGCUGAAAACGAAGGAGGAGCUGCACACUGUGAUGAGUUCUGCCAACUCAGCUCCUGUUGCUGAGCAUGCAUCCUCCUCCUCCUCCUCCUCCUCCUCCUCCUCAGACAGCGAGAGUGACCAUGAGCACAGCGAAGAAAACAGCACCUAUAGCGCCGAGCUGCAGACACAAGGCAUCAACUAUGACCGCCAGGAGGAGGAGCGACUCACCGAGGCCGAGAAGAACGAGCGCCUGCAGAAGCAGCUUCAGGACCUGAGCUCAGAGCUAGCACAAUCCCGAGACGAUAACAAGAAGACCCAGGACGAUAAACUCCAUGCCGAGAACGUCCGCGCUGGCCGUGAUAAGUACAAGACCCUCCGUCAGAUCCGUAUGGGCAACACCAAGCAGAGGAUUGAUGAGUUUGAGGCCUUGUAGAAAUGCCAGAGACCUAAAGCUCUCUCACAAAUACCUCGUGAAGGCCUUGUUCAGCAUUUUAAUAUAACUGAAGCCAAAUGUGAUCCCAAACACCCAGAAAAGGCAUGGAGCUGAUCUGUGUAAUAAUUUCUGCACGAGUUUUACUUUGCUGGCUGAAACUGGCACUGUGGGUUGUUUUUGCUCUAUUCUGUUUUGUGUUGCACUCAAAUGUUUCCAAUGUGCUGUUUAGUCCCAUUAAAAUGCUGAUGUGCAUCACUCUGGAGACCAGAUAUACUGUAUGAACAAAGCUAGUACUAGGGGUACUAUAGAACUUAUAUAUCUUAUGAUAACUAAUCAGUAGUUGUUGCAAUUUACAUUUGCAGUUUUGUUACUGUAACAAACUGAAGUGGUUAAAUUUUGAUUUAUUUAAAUGAAUGCCUGAUGCUUAAAAAAAGAUCUUUUUUAUUUUAUUUGUUUGAUAGUUUUGCCAAAGAAAUGUCAGCAAAGUGUAGAAAGGUUCCCACUUGUGUUCCAAGAAGCUUGAUGUAAUGCUGUCAUACAAAAUGAAUCUCAGUUUGCAAUAAAAUAAAACUGAGACUCACAGCAAAUUAAUUCAUAAUUACUCAUGAAUAUUCCUGGUGGUCUGGCCCUCCUCGUCAUGUUCUCCUGUAUUUUAUUUGUGUAAAUAACAGUGCAACUUAUUUCAUUAAUAUACUUACAUAAUCUCUCCUGCUUCAAAUGUAUUGUUUUUAUGAUUUUCAGAAUUUACUUAUUGGAGUUACUUUAUUUAACCAUAUGGGAACAUUUAAUGUAUUCUUACGCCGUCCUGUUUGUGUUCAGGUCAGAUCUAGAGCAUCUAAUUUACAGUGAACAGGAUACAGCAGACAAAAAGACAAGAAAAGACAAAAAGGCCAAAACUGAAGCAGCUUAAUGGUUUCUAUAUUACAUCUUUUAUUAUUUCUCCAUUUGUUGUUUGAAAAUGUUCUCCGGUGCUGCAGAAGCAUUUUUAAUGUUCGGCAUUAAAAAUGAAACACAUGUUAAAAAAAACACCAAAGAAAAGUCAGCGAGAAGACCUUAAACUCGGAAUUAAUUAAACUUCACCUUGUGCAGCUUUGUACUUUUAGGCAGAAGAGAAAAUGAAGGCAGGAAAAAAGCUUUUUAUGAGGCUAUGGCAUCUCUUGAAUAUUGUGUCAUUACAGGCAUUAAACAUUAAAACUUGAAAAAUA